GCGCUAACUUGAUCCGGAUGUUUGGCAAUAGAAGGGCUUCUCUGGGUCUUCUUUACCUUACUGUGCUGGCCUUCAAUAGGAUAGGACCUCGGCUCGUUACUUUCUCUCUCAACGAAAGUAUAUAAAGCUUCCAGGCCGGGAAGCACCGAACACACUAGACUACAAAUGUCCCCACACAACUUGAUGAUGAUCAAUCUAGAAGCUUCUGAAGGAUAACCACCAUCUGACCCAUGGUGGCGCUCCUUCCUUAUGAGCUUUACGAGCUCAUCAUUGACGAACUCCGGUACUCCUUCCCUGACCUCAAAGCAUGUAGUCUCGUUUGUAAAGCAUGGCUGCCUCGCUGUCGAUAUCAUCUUUAUCGUGUUAUACGAAUAGGUCCUCGAAGGGUACAUGGGAUCGAAAAGGAACGAAUGGCAUUUUUUCUCAAAAAGUUCACAGCGUCGUUCACCCAUACCUUCAACCUACCCGAAAUCACCUCUUGUGUUCAAGGUCUCUCCCUUGAAUCCCACAUCCGCGACGUCAUGUACAGCCCACCUGGUUUGAUGCCUCCGCCUACUCUCCACUCAUUACCAAAAGGAAAAGCUGUUAUCCAGCCAUCCAUUUUCUCCGUCGACCUUCCGUUUCAAUCGCCGCUCAGGUUCUUACGCACACACUGGAGACUCAUCGAUAUGCUCGAUAAACAGCAUGAUAGUAUGAACGACAUUCAAAUGUUUGAGCGGAUUUUAGACCGAAGCCACUCCCUCGAACAUCUGGUCAUCGAGAACUAUUGGCAAUUCCAUGCACGUCGAGAUAUUCUGUGCUCCAUUGCGGUACACGCUCCGAAUUUGAAAACCCUCUGUCUAUCAGAAUUCAGAUGGUUUCCUUCGUUUAACCACCUUAUCCUUGAAGAUAUAUUCGAUGAGUGGUUGGUCAAAUUUGUUUCGACGGGUGUAGCCCCUCUGCAGUUAGAUCGUCUGUGUCUUCGGAAUUUCUCGUCAAAGGGUACCAACUUGAUUCAAUUGGUUAUCCUGCCUUCUCCAUGUUUGAACCUGUGCUCGUUGCGUUAUUUAGCCAUGUCGGCGAAGGACCUAUGUGCAGCUCUCGGUGGACAGUUCCCUGAGCUCGGAAAAGAGCUUGUACAUCUUACAGUGUUGAAUCUCAAUACUUCGAGUGCGUAUACUCGACUUUAUGUUGCAUGAAUCAAUACUAAUAUUCCCGUCUUGUGGCAGGCUUCCGACUUCUCUCCAAAACGUUUCCGAAACUCUCAGAGUUGCAACUCUUCGUAAAAGACGAAUACCAUUUGUUGCGUUUUGUCCAGGACCUCACAUUUCAUUGGUCCCAUGUGUCGACCUCACUGGAUCUUCACAUUAACUUCG